AUGCCCGCUCCGACCAACACCCUCCUCAUCGAGGGCUCUUUCUCCGAGCUCGCCGAGGAGUUUGCCCAGUACAUCGAUGCUCUUCGCAAGCCCGAAGGCGCCACCCUCCAGUCUGAGAUCGCCCCGCUCCUCCAACCUCUCCGCGAGCAGGAACAGUCCGAAAGCGAGCCCGAUCUCAAGCAGCGCGAUGAAGUCCUGAAGAAGCUUGUGUCGUCCGCGACGGCUUUGAAUGGCGCCCCGGAGAAGGAAAUCACAUCCUCCUACAACCUCCUCGUGCACCUCGUCCACCAGUCCUCCGACCCGGACGUGUUUCUCCCUCGCAUCUGCACCUACCUCGCCAAACCCAUCACCACCUCGCCGCAGUUCGGUCCCACCCUGGCCAUCUCCAUCCUCACCACCAUCUUCAACACCCUGUCCACCAACGACUCGAGCCGCUACCACGUCCUGCUGGCAAUUGUCGCCGUGAUCCGGCAGUCCGGGUCCGGAUAUGCUUUUGAAGCACUGAAGCCGCAGCUGGCGAGCCAGCUGGAGACAUGGCUAACAGCCUGGGAGCUGGACAACGAGGAGGCGCAGAAGUUGCACUUGGCAAUCGCGGACGCCUCGACGGCCGCAGGCGAUGACGAGCUGGCUCAGUCGCACGUCGUCAAAGCGUUGGAGACCAUCCCCGCCGCGGAGGCUAGCCAGCCCGCGGCCCGCGAAUUGGCAGUGCGCGCGCUCGCCUCGGCGCUGCGCCGUUCCACCGUCUUCGACUUCACUCCCCUGACGGCUUCGGAUGCCGUGCAGGCCCUGCGCUCCAGCGACAGCACGCUCUUCGAUCUCCUCGAGAUCUUCACCUCCGACACCCUCGACGCCUACGAGGCCUUUGUCUCCGCCAACCCGCUCGCCUCGAUCUCCAACGGCGUGCUCGCCGACGCCGGCACCGCCUUGCAGACCAAGAUGCGUCUCCUCACUCUGACCUCGUUGGCCGCGUCCACCCCGUCGCGCUCCCUCCCCUACUCAUCCAUCGUCUCGGCGCUGCGCAUUCCCGCCUCCGACGUCGAGAUGUGGGUCAUCGACACCAUCCGCGCCGGCCUGGUCGAGGGCAAGCUCUCGCAGCUGAAGUCGGAGUUCCUCGUCCACCGCGCCACCUACCGCGUCUUCGGCGAGAAGCAGUGGGCCGAGGUGCAGGGCCGUCUGAUGGUCUGGCGCCGCUCGCUCGAGGGCGUGCUGGACGUUGUCCGCUCCGAGAAGGAGCGCUUCGUCCGCGAGGGCAUCCAGGCUGCUGCUGACCAGGAGGCGGCCGCGACCCAGGGCAAGUUCGGGGAUAAGGCUCGUGCUGGUGGUGACAGGCGGCGGAAUCCCCAGCAGCAGCAGUCGCAGCCACCAGCACAGGCACAACCGCGCGAGGUUGAGGCUAGUGCCGAGUAA